AUGACCUCAGCACCUUCCCCCAGCAGCUCCAGGCUGGACGCGAUGACCUGGGCCUAUUUUACUCUGAUCUUCCUGACCAUGGUCACCUCUGUGUGCGGGGCAGUGGGCAACAGCGUGGUGAUCUGGCUGCUGAGCUGCCGCUCACAGCAUACUCCCUUCACCGUCUACAUGCUCAACCUGGCGGUGGCUGACCUCCUCUUCCUCCUCUGCAUGGCCGCUGUGCUGAGCCUGGAGACCCAGCCCCACCCCGAAUUGGACAGUAUCAGUAACGACGCCACCCCAGACUUCACUCCCUACGCCAUAGCCUACGAGGCGAUGUGGAGGGUGAAGUACUUCGCCUAUACCACCGGCCUAAGCCUGCUCACAGCCAUCAGCACCCAGCGCUGCCUCUCAGUCCUCUGCCCCAUCUGGUAUAAGUGCCACCAGCCCCAGCACCUGUCCACUAUAGUGACUGCCCUGCUCUGGGCCCUGUCCUUCAGCAUGAACAUGCUGGCUUCCUACUUCUGCACCACGUACUUGCACUUCCAUAAGCAACACUGCUUCAAGGUGGACAUGGCCAUAGGCACCCUCAUCCUGGGGGUCUUCAUGCCUGUGAUGGCCAUAUCGAGUGCCAUCCUCUUUGUCCAAGUGCGGAAGAGCAUCGUGCAGCGGCCCCGGCGGCUGUAUGUGGUCAUCUUAACCACUGUCUUUGUGUUCCUUGUCUGUUCCCUGCCCCUGGGCAUCUACUGGUAUGUCGUGCUCUGGACGGACCCGAAGCCGCAGGUAAAGCUCCUGUGGCUCUGCGUAUCACGCUUCUCCUCCUCCGUGAGCAGCAGCGCCAACCCGGUCAUCUACUUCCUGGUGGGUAACCAGAGGCACCGGAAGCUGAAGGAGUCCAUGGGGGCCAUUCUGAACCGGGCACUGCAGGAGGAGCCCGAGCUGGAGGGAAGGGAGACACCCUCCACGGGCAUUCAGGAGCGCAUCUGA